CCGAGGAGCCUUUCUGGAUAGCUCUAAAUGCCGAAGGAGCCCAUGAGACCAUGAGGAGGGUACUCAGCUAUAGGACAUUGCUUGGUUUGUUUCCAAAUGCUCCAGCUCGGAAACCGCUCCUGAUGGUGUUCUUUAUGAUUGUUUUCUGUGUAGUCUUCAUGACUUCAAAAGACCAUGCAAAGUUUUUGUUUCGCUUUAACAACCCCAUCACUCUGAGAAAAUGGCACAUCUUCAAGGAGAUUUUGCACACCGAAGGGCUUCAGAACACAUCAGCCCCAACAGCAGAGGUGGAGCUUAUGGUCAUGGAAAUCCUGGAGAAGCUAAACCGGCAGAUUCCACCCAGACCCUUUGCCAACCUCAGCACCACCACCAGCGCCAAAGAGAGCACAGCCACCAUCCUCAACCCUCGUGGCACAUACUGCAUAGGUGACCAGCUGGACGUCCUGCUGGUAGCCAAGGACCACUUUGGUCACAGAAAGGAGUAUGGUGGGGACUUCCUGAGAACCAGGAUAUUCUCCCCAGCCCUGAAGGCAGGAGCUUCUGGAAAGGUGACAGACUUCAACAAUGGCACCUACCUUGUCAGCUUCACUCUGUUCUGGGAGGGCCCGGUCUUCCUGUCUAUCCUGCUCAUGCAUUCCAGUGAAGGAGUGUCAGCUCUCUGGAGAGCAAGGAACCAAGGCUAUGAUAGAAUAAUCUUCACUGGCCAGUUCCUUAAUGGCACCUCCCCUGUUUUCACUGAAUGUGGCCUGACCUUAAACACAGAUGCCGAGCAGUGUCAAUAUCUGGAUGCUCGGGAUCAUGAAGCCUUCUACUGCUUGAAGCCUCCAAAUGUUCCCUGCGAGGCCCUGACCUACAUGAAAACCAAGAAUAGUAAUGUCUCCUACCUCAGCAUUAAGGAACACCUACUUUUCCAGAGGUCCAACAUGGCGGUUGAAGUGAUAAAGAAUUUGGCCAUCACAGUCUCUCCAUGUAACAGGAAUGAAAUCAAGAAAGAGAAAUGUCAAGUUGGGAUGAAGACGCCUUUCCCCAGUGGCUAUAUUUUCAAAGGAAGGUGGAUUUCAACAUUUUGUAAACAGAAUGAGUUCAGUGAGAUGCAAGAUAUAAAUAACUGCUUGACAAGAAAACUGAUUUACCUCAUGGGUGAUUCCACACUGCGCCAAUGGGUGUACUACUUAAAAAAAGCUACAAAAACCCUGACAUUUCUUGACCUUCAUGGAACUGGGUUAUUUCAAACUCAUCUUCUUCUGGAUAUUAAACAACAUAUUUUGGUACAGUGGAAAAAACACAGCCAUCCCUUUGUUACUCAAACGCUGUACUCUGUGAAAGAUGACAACUAUAUCCCACGGGAAAUUGACCAGGUGGCAGGAGACAGUCGCACAGCAAUUGUUGUUAGUUUGGGCCAACACUUCAGACCCUUUCCCAUCAACAUUUUCAUUCGUAGGGUCAUCAAUGUCAAAAAGGCCAUAGAGAGACUGUUCUUACGAAGCCCGGAGACCAAGGUGAUAAUUAAGAGUGAAAAUAUCAGAGAAAUAAAAGAAAAUGCAGAGAUAUUCAGUGACUUCCAUGGCAACAUUCAGAAUCUUAUUUUAAGGGACAUUUUCAGGGACCUUAAUGUGGGUAUUAUCGAUGCUUGGGACAUGACAAUUGCAUAUUGCAGUGAGAACACCCAUCCACCUGACAACGUGGUUGCAGGUCAAGUUGCUAUGUUCUUAACCUACAUUUGCUAGAGGGUCUUAAGUUGCAGAAAAUAUCUCUAGCCCUCCCUACCCCUACUCUCUCCAACCUCAUAUGUUCUGCAUAGACAAUGCAAUCAAAUUUAUGAAGAAAUAAAUACUGAGAAUUAUAGUUAAAUGUACAUAACAUGAAAUUUACCAUUCAAACCAUUUUCAGUCCUACAGCUCAGUGGUGCUAAAUGAAGUCCUAUAUCACACCACCAUCAUUUUAAUCCAUUUUGAACAAUUUUCUUCAUCCUAAAUAGAAAUAGCAAACCUAUUUAUUAAAUAACCACUCACCACUUCCCCUGACCCACAGCCCUUGGCAUCUACAACUAUAUUUUCUUUUUUUAUGAAUUUGACUGUUUUAGACAUCUCAUAUAAAUGAAAUAAUAAAAUUCAUGUGAAGUCA